AUGAAUGCUUUUACUCUUUCAAGAGGACCUAGCAAGGAAGAUAAGAAAUACUUCACGAGCGGAGAUCCGGACACUCUUUUCUCGGACUUACAAGAAAUCGGUCAUGGUGCCUUCGGAGCUGUCUAUUGCGCGCUUGACGAGCGGCCAAAGUCAGCCACGCGUGGCCAAAACGUCGCCAUCAAGAAAAUGUCCUAUUCGGGCAAGAGCGAAAAGUUCACCGACAUCGUCCAUGAAAUCAAGCUCCUGGAGAGAUUGAAGCACAAGAAUAUUGUGCGUCUCGAGGAGUGUUUUUUGAAAGACAAAGAUCACAUGGUCUGGAUUGUCAUGGAAUACUGCCUCGGCAGCGCGUCAGAUCUUGUCGAUGUUCAGCCGGGGCGAUUGCUAGAAAGCGAGGUCGCUCAAAUCAUCAGAGACGUCCUCCACGGCCUUAGCUAUCUCCACAGCAACGAGAUUAUCCACAGAGACAUCAAAGCAGGCAACAUUCUUUUGUCCGAAAACGGUCUGGCAAAGGUCGCAGAUUUCGGAUCCGCUAGUAAUAAAUCUUCGGCGAACUCGUUCGUCGGAUCGCCUUAUUGGAUGGCGCCGGAAGUGAUCUUGGCAAUGGAAAGUGGAAGAUAUACUGGUGCAGUUGAUCUUUGGUCCCUUGGAAUAACAUGUAUAGAGAUUGCUGAUAGAAAACCGCCAAUGUUCACCCAAAAUGCGAUGGCUGCUUUGUACCAAAUCGCCCAGUCUGAUGCACCAACGCUAGACCAGAACGCCGACUGGUCCCAUACAUUUCAUAGCUUUCUUUCCUGCCUGCUAAAAAAGAAUCCUGAAGAGCGAUUUACUGCCACAGAAGCCCUCCAACACAGCUGGUUCAAGGACAAUAGAGAAAAUCCACAGGAGCUUGUUGAGUUGAUUGAUAGAACUAAACGUCUGGUGCGCGAGCAGGAUGAGAAACAAAUCACGAUGCAGUAUAAGAAGAUGCUUCGAAUUUACAAGGGCGGAGAUCCGCUUUCGAAUAUCCCGAGAGAUGGCUCGAUGCGUUCGAAUUCUUCGAAUCCAAUUUCUGAAGACCGCUCUUCGGAUGAAGAAGAAGAGGAUGACGAUCAAAUGAGUUAUCUUCAAAGUUCUACUUCUAGCGCCGCUUCUGAUAAAUCAGCCUUUCCGCUCAAUCACAGUCUCUCCAGGCCACCAACGAUCCGUCCGAUUCGAAAUACGCAGCCUCAGCAACAACAGCACGGAGGUGGUGUUGAUCAUUUUUCGGGAAUGCCACCAAUUUACAGCGUAUCUUCUGGCUCAAGAGCAUCAGGACCGCAAGACUUUUCCCAAGGACCACUUGGGAACGGUUUGAGCACGAUCCGACCAGUGACUCUAAUGAGGAAGCAAGAAGAAGAGAGGAUAAAAGUCUCCGCAUUUCGUGAACAAAUGGGCAACUACAAGAAAAUGCGACAAAGUCAUCGUGCGAUGAUGCAAAAUCUUGAGUCGACGCUUUCAAGUGAAAUGGAAAACCACCAGCGAACGUUGCAAAAUGAGCUUAACAACAUGCGCAAGAAGCAUCAAAAAGAUCGCCAGAAACUUGCCAACCGUCGGCUACAAUCCAUCGAGCGACUUGAGAAAGAAGGCGAGCAAGAACUCCGAGCUUUUGACCGUCUUCUCUUUCAAAAGAAGAAGGCGAGAAAAAGUCGAUGGAGGAAAAGCAGCGCGACGAAAUGCGACGAGCAAAUCAACGCUGGCGAGCGGGAGAGCUUCCAGCUGGCGUCACGAGAGAUCAACAAAAACUCAGCUUUGGUCGAGCUCAAGCAGAGCAUCUGA